UCCGGACGUCCCGCACUUGCGCACCCAUCGUUCGUCAGUAAUGGUCAGCCGUGUACGGGAGACUCGGUCGAGAAAUGCGCCUUAGGCACGUAAGUGUGGCUGUCAGAGACACGGAAAGGCAGCAGCGACAUGUACGCGUACGGUUUCGAGAUCACAUAGACAUGUAAUAUGCGUCGUCGAGCGGCUGCAAGUGCGUGUUCACGGUGAAAAUCUGGCGUGAACGGUGGCUCGGAGAAAUAAUGGCGUCGGUGGCGGGCCCGCAGGAACAGCCGCCCGCCGCGCACGGCCACAGCUUCUGCAAGAAGACCUUCCACAAGCCCACCUACUGCCACCACUGCAGCGACAUGCUGUGGGGCCUCAUCCAGCAGGGCUUCAUCUGCGAAGUUUGCAACUUCGUGGUGCAUGAUCGCUGCCUGAAGACUGUGGUCUCCCCGUGUUCCAGCGUAGCCGCCAGCCUUAUCAAGAAUCCGGUAGCUCAUUGUUGGUCCGAGUCACUUCAUCACAAGAGAAAAUUUUGCAACGUCUGCAGGAAGAGAUUGGAUGAUAGUGAGUCGAUCCACUGUGAGAUAUGCGAGUACUUUGUACACUUGGAAUGCCAGGAUUUUGCGGUCGCUGAUUGCAAGGAGAACGCUACUUAUCUUCCGGGGAAACAGCUGGUCUACGUCCACCACCAACACCAUUGGCGGGAAGGAAAUCUUCCAAGUAACUCCAAAUGUGCCCUCUGCAAGAAAACGUGCUGGACCACGGAAUGUUUGUCUGGAUAUCGAUGCGAAUGGUGUGGAAUGACGAGUCACGCGACAUGUCACGUGAACAUCAACAGCGAGUGCACAUUUGGGAUUCUGGAACCCAUCUACUUGCCACCGCAUGCCGUCAGCAUACCAAGAACCGAGGUACCCAUGGAAGCCAUCAUCGGAGUGCAAGUCAGACGGAAGGACACGCUGUCUCGUGAGUAUUCGUGUAUCAUCAGUGGGGAAAAUGUUAGACGGAGUGCUUCUUUAUCAAGUGUUCUCAAGCGACUUUCUGUUGUUUUGCCGAAUUCUUGCCAAAGCAAAUGCCAGCCCCAAUUGUCGCCUCCAUACUUUCGAGCACGGAGUAUCUCGGAAGAAUUCAGCAGCGGUGACACUGGUCGCUACAGAGAGUCGGAGGAAUAUGCCCAGUCACAUCCACCGGGCAGGGAUAGCCGGCAAGACAAGCAGAACAAAAAUCAGGAAGAAAGAGAUGAAGAAGUUAUCAAGGUUUACGAUGGUAACAACUCGCUACGAAGAAAAAUCUUCCGGAUCGUCGUCGUGUCGAGGCAAGCGUCCUUGAAGCAAGUCUUAACCCAAGCUUUGAGGGCGUUCCACAUCACGAAAGACCCGAAUUCAUUCCACCUCACGGAUCUCUAUUCGCAGGAUGAAGCCGUUUUGCAAGAUCCUACUCCUGUGCUCAGUCUGAACCGAAUUGAAGGAAAACGAGCAUCAGUUUUUCUUCGAUUCAAAGACAGAGAUAAUGAUUCGGGAGAAGUACGUGUUUAUCCCGGAAAACUCCAGGUAUCUCAGGCACUCUGCACCGUGCCUGUGGAUUCCAAUACAUCUGUAGGUGACCUCAUACGUGAAGCACUUAAACGUUUCGGAUUGGAGAGUUACAACGCUGAAGACUAUCGGUGUAGUGAAGUACUUCUAGAUAGAGGAGUUACCGAAAGAGUUUUGUCGUGGAACGAAAGACCAUGGGAGAUCAUGAAACAGCUUGGUAAGGACAGUAUCCGACAGAUGGAGUUGAUGCGAUUUUACCUUCAAUUGAAACAAGAUCCUCAUGGACCAAAUCUAGCUCUAUUCGUCGGAAAUCUACCACCCAACCUAUCGGAACGAAAUUACGAAAAUAUCCUCACUGAUUUUUUAGGAAGAGAAAAUAAAUUUUCCAAAAUCGGUCCGAUCUACUACGAAUACGGAUCGAUGGUAAUCACUUACGAAGACUCUGAUAAAGCUGUGAGGGCACUUUAUACGCUACGCGAAUCGAAAUACGAAGAUAAACAACCUUUGCUUGUUAUGUUAUUGCCCAACAUCGAACCCUCAAUGAUACCCGAAGGUGUACAACCUCUCUUAGUUUUCGUUAACGUAAAGUCUGGAGGAUGUCAAGGUUUAGAACUAAUAUCGAGCUUCAGAAAAUUACUGAACCCUUACCAGGUAUUCGAUUUGGAUAACGGCGGACCAUUGCCCGGGUUAUAUGUAUUCAGGAACAUCAAGAACUACAAAAUACUUGUUUGCGGUGGAGAUGGUACAAUCGGGUGGGUGUUGCAAUGCCUCGACAAUGUCGGACAGGAUUCGCAGUGCUCUUCUCCAGCGUGUGCCAUUGUACCAUUAGGAACAGGUAACGACUUGGCGAGAGUAUUGAGAUGGGGCCCGGGUUAUACGGGAGGCGAAGAUCCUUUGAACCUCCUCAGGGAUGUAAUAGACGCCGAAGAGAUACGCUUAGACCGAUGGACAGUGGUUUUCCAUCCGGAGGAUAAACCAGACGACAACGUUAAUAAGCAGGUCAACUCCACCGGUAAGAAGAGGCAAAAACUGUCCAAAAUGAAAGUGACCAAUGAGCAAAUUAGAAAAGCAGUAGUGGCAGGUUCGACGAGCGAGGACAAUUCCCAAAUUUUCGUGAUGAACAACUAUUUCGGGAUUGGUAUCGAUGCGGACCUCUGUCUGGAUUUCCAUAACGCACGAGAGGAAAACCCUAGCAAGUUCAUCAGCCGGUUGCAUAACAAGAGCGUUUACGUCAAGAUGGGUCUGCGGAAAAUGGUGGGGCCAAAAAUGUGCAAGGACCUGCACAAAGAAGUGAGGCUCGAAGUGGACGGCAAGUUGGUGGAGUUACCGCAAGUGGAAGGGAUAAUUAUUUUGAAUAUUUUAAGUUGGGGUUCUGGGGCAAAUCCUUGGGGUCCAGAGAAGGAUGACCAAUUUUCAAAGCCAAACCACUGGGAUGGGAUGUUAGAGGUUGUAGGUGUCACUGGUGUGGUCCAUUUAGGACAAAUUCAAUCUGGCUUGAGAACAGCUAUGAGGAUCGCACAGGGUGGACACAUCAAAAUUCAUCUCAAUUCUGACAUUCCUGUUCAAGUGGAUGGUGAACCGUGGGUACAAAGUCCUUGUGAUGUUGUAGUAUUAAAAUCCGCUCUGAAGGCCACCAUGUUGAAGAAGAUGAAAGGUAAAAUGAAGAGGCGUAACACCGAACCGACAAUGCUGGUGUCACCGGGGGUACAACUGGUCCCCUUGCCUUCUCACGAUGGAGAGUCCCCCACAGACUCCAACAACACCACCUUUUAAGUGUUGCUUCGACAUUCGUUUCUUUCGUUUCGGACUGUACGCCCAAGGGACAAGGGCGAUUUUUUUUCAGUUAAUUUUAGUAUUUACAUAAAAAAUAUGUAUUCGAAAUAGUUAAAACAUGUAAUAUUAUUACGUUAUAGUAUGGUAUUGUUACCAAAUUACUGGUGAAAACAAACAAGUGUGGGGCUGAAUGCCUGUUCGAGUUUAUUUAAUUUUAAAUAGUUUGUUUUGAGUACAAGUAAUGUACUCGAUAUUGUAAACGUGUUAUGGUUUUAAAAGUUCAUUUACGAAUAAAAACAAAGCGUACUCUGCGCCUGCGCAGAUACCUUGCGUGAGCAACGCUCGCGCUUAUCCGAAAAUAUAACACCAUCCUCGAAUCUAGUUGGACUACCACCGACUCCAACCAAAAGAUGACUCCGAUCACCGACGUUUCUGGCAGCAGCUUUCAGUUUGAAAAAUCCAUGGAAGCGAGGACAGAGUGCAAGAGUGACGAAAUACAAGUUGGAACUACUUAGUGUAGAUGUGUGUUUUGUAAUAGUGAUAGCUUUCGGAUGGAACCGAGAGAUGUAACCCAGAAUGUGAUGAUCGAAAGUAGGCUAUGCAAUCUUAGUCACCCAUCCCAAUAGAAGGAAGCCACACGAGUGGCAGGUGUGUUGUUUCGCUACUCCAAGCCUUCAGGUUACUGUCGAGGAAUUUCUCCACAGUUCAUCGGUCGGGAAGGUCACUUUCUCUAAACCUCUACGACCCUCCUAACCGACGAGCCUUUCGAAGCUUCCUCGACGGUAACGAAUGCUCUUGGAGUGGUUUGUUUCGUGGGUAGCGUUUGGUCUUACUAUCCAGGAAGUGACGCCUAACGCUGUCGCUAAUCUGCCCCUGUACUAAGGGCUCAAUUCCUCAUGGAUGCUGACUGGAGCAAAGUCCAUGGGGAAAGUACUCAGGGCAGAUUUUCGCGCCAUUUGUUCCAUAAUUUAGAUGAUAUCUUAAUUAUAUCGAUGUGCUAUAUUGUUUGUAAUUACUUUUCCCAAGGUAUGUAUUUAAGGUGAACUCGCAAGAUCAUUUUGUCUGUUUCAUCAAUCGGAAAAGCUUCGAUCAGCUAUUUUUUGAUGUUUUUGUGGUAGUCGAGAACUGUCUUUUAGACCUCUACAAAAAACUCAAGCUCUUGAUCGGGUUUUGUAGGGAUCGAAGUUUUUCUCUGCAUAUAAAAUAUAUGUAUAUGUGAAUUAUAGAUAUAUUAAAAAUUGUGAAAUAUAGAAAUAUUAAAUGUA